UUCAACGUCAACGGGCAAAGAAGAUGACACAAUAACUUUCGGUUUGAUUUUAAUGACUGUUUGGUAGUGGAAUAUUGUAGCAAGAACGAAAGAUUUAUUUUCCCCUUAACAACUAAAUUUUUUCCCCUGUAAAUUGUGGUGUAGAACUGAAGGGCGCUUAUGAUGUCACACAUAUUUUGUGAGACUUUGAAAGAUAAAUAAUUUGUAGCUACAGUUUUGCACUGAUUGAUGAUUAUCUGAAUGCGGUGAUUUUUAAACAUUAUUAUCAGUAAACAGCGAGAAAUAUUUGCUGCUGGUGUUAAUAGUGAAUUGAGCACACACAUUACUAUUCAGUGUGUGUAGAUUUGGCAUACAGGAUAAACGCGCUGUUUGGAGUGGAAUGACUGCAGACUCCGUUUAAAUGCAGAAGGUCUCCUUUGUGAUUUAGGAGGCUUUGUAACCUGAAUUAGUUGAUGAAUUUUCUAUCGAUCUUAAACAAGCCCAGAUUCAUCUCUGACACGCUGCUCACGCCACGACCAUUCUCUCACCGUUAUUAGCGAGUGCAUUUAAGAGCUUGGCCAAGGCGAGCUUCUUGCAUCACUUUCCCCUGGUACCGCUUUUCAUGAACACUGGCCAAAAUUAAGCAGGAUUUCUGUUCGCCAAAUCUGAAACAGCUCUUUAUAGAGGUGUAGUCAUGUUCUCAAUGUGCAGAUGAACUGAGAGGGACUGGGGGCGUGACUUUCUGUGGGGCUGCUAGAAUCCAGCAUGCCUUUUCGCCGUGUCUGCUUUCGCUUGUUAUUGUUUUGAUUUACUCACUAUCUCAUCAAGCGCAUAGCAACGUAUGAGAAAGUAUGGAAUUUUGGACUAUUCCAAAAUGCGAGUUGAUGAGCGCGGUCUAAACUGACUAAUCCCAUUUCCUUAUCCGGGAAUCGCGAAGAUCCACGCCAUUGGCUGACGAUGUCACAUGGACCCUUAACUUUGUUCACUUGACAGAAAGUAGGAGGGUUCUACGAAACAGGAAAACGAGUAAAGGGAUACAUAUAAAUUUUAGUAUAUUUUGUGUGCAAUUCAAAGAAAUUAAUGGCCAUGAGUUCCUAUUUGAUCAACUCCAACUAUGUGGACCCCAAGUUUCCACCCUGCGAGGAAUAUUCCCAGAGCGACUACCUACCCAGUCACUCUCCGGACUACUACAGCGCCCAGAGGCAAGACCCCUCGUUCCAGCAUGAGCCGAUCUACCACCAGCGGUCGGGCUGCGCCGACCCACCCUACACAUCGUGCCAGGGUCCGGGGCAGCCUGCCGCGGUCAUCUCUCCGCGAGGUCACGUUCUACCCACAACCGCACUCUCGAGCCCUCUCCCUGAACCAAGCCAUCACUGCGACUCGGUAACUCCGAGCCCUCCGCCUGCCUGCGGUCAGACUCCCACUAGCCAAAACACUUCAACGGUCACUUCAAGAAAAGAUCCCGUGGUAUACCCCUGGAUGAAAAAAGUCCACGUAAACAUCGUGAGCCCGAACUAUUCAGGGGGUGAACCCAAGCGCUCACGCACAGCCUACACGCGGCAGCAAGUCUUGGAAUUGGAGAAAGAGUUCCAUUACAACCGCUAUCUGACUCGCAGACGGAGGGUGGAGAUUGCCCAUACACUAUGUCUAUCCGAACGACAGAUUAAGAUUUGGUUUCAGAACCGGCGCAUGAAGUGGAAGAAGGACCAUAAGCUUCCCAACACCAAAAUACGCAGCAGCUCUGCCAACACUAAUUCAAGUAGCGGCCCGACACUGGGAAGCAAUCAGAACCGAGCAAGCGGACCUCCGCCAAGUCUAUAGCCCUCCACUGUUGCCCAAAACACGUACAAUUAUAAAAUCUAAUUUUCUGGAGUGUAGAACGUGGAUUUUACCCGCGUUGUGUCUCCCAGCUCUCCCCUGCACUCUAAUUACAGGGAUAAAAUACGAGGAAGAUGUGGGGGAAAGGAGCAAAGAAAAUGUUCAUCUUUUUAACACUAAAAAUGGGUGAAGACUCGAACUCAAAUGCUACUAUAGAUGGGUUGCCUUCCCAGUCUGGUUCCCAUUUUUAUCCCGCACGCCUCUCCUGCUCACUCGCCCCUUCCAUAAGCACAGAAGGCGGCAGAUAGUUUUCAGAUUUGGUGAAGAUGGAUCCGUGUUUCAUCUUUAAUCACGCCAAACUCGGCCCCAUUUGUCAUGUUUACUCUGUGGUACAAAGGAUGAACCGUAGGCCUGCCCAUUACCUCGACGUCUAGCGUUGUGCUUAAUAAAUGAGUCGCUCUGUUUUGUCAAGAAGCCUUUUCUAACUCCCUUUAUUCCCCUGGCUUAAAAAUACCUAGCCGAGUGUUUUUCAACUGAUAUGAAGUUUUGUAUUUUGUAGCAAUUAGGUUAUUUUGCAUUUGCUAUUUGCAUUUCGAAUGUAACGCCAAUGGGACUGAGGGUUUAUUGUGCGUGUGGUCCAUUUGUCGCUCAUUAAAAAUACAGGGACUUGUUUCACUCGCCUGUUUAGCGCAUUUCAGUUUAAGAACAGCAAAUUACUAAUUAGUUGUUAUUCAUAUUAAAUAUAAUAUAAAAGUUCAAUGAAGCUGGACGGCUAGAUAUGCAUAACCAAAACCGGUACAACGCAAAGCAUUUUAAUGAGAGCACUGCUAAGUACUAUUUGAAUUACCUCAAUUGUAUUUUCAUUUUUUUUCAUUUUUUUUUUUCUUUUUAGUUUUAUGAAGUGAUAAGUUUAAGUUCUUUGGACUUAAUGGCAAAUAUCUGCAAUAGCUAAUCUCAGCAUUUGUAAGUUGAAAUGAAAUUUAAGUUAAAUGUGGCCAGGGUGUAUAGAGAAAGGUGCGUAUAUUGCAUGAGUAAAUACACUAUAUUUUCGUUUAUUCUUUAUUAUGUCACUACCACCCUCGUUUUGUUUUAUGGUACAUAGACAUGUGCACAUACCACAUUUCUUUCUUUCUUUCUAUCUUUCUUUCUUUCUCAAUUUUUUUUCAUUUUAUUUUAUUAUUAUUAUAUUAUUAUUAUUAUUAUUAUUUUUACAUUCCAAAGAUCAGUUUUCUCGCUGAUGAAUUGUAAAUUUCUCCUCUUACAUGUUUGUAUUUUGUCUUCUUUCUGCUUGUACCUUUCACUGUUUACCUUUGUUACAUGUAAAUAGCUCUAGAAAUUUAAUAAAUGGCGGAAAAGUAUAUUCUUUCUUCAUGUGUCAUGUCUUCUUGUGGAUUUUAAAGCUAGAUAUGCUUAUUUUAAAUACAUAUUUCUUGUAUAGGUGGAUACCAUCGUCCUCUGUUUUGCUAAAAACACAAUUUAAUUGAAUUUGGCUUGCCACUGCGCAUUUUCGUUAGUCUUGUAGCACUCGCCUGUCUUGAAGAUCACUGCAUAUCUCUCUAGUGAUUUAUAUCGCUGCAUUGCGAGUAAUCCUGGUACAUUACGCCUUGUAAUCUUAUUCUAAAUCACAAAACCCUUCCUUUCUGUCUCGUCUCUCCUUAAUUUAACGGUGCACAAACCCUCUGCUCAACGAUGCCGUGAAUGCGCCUAAAAAUAUGGAUCCAUGUUAGAAAAAAAGCAGAAGUUAAAUAGUUUCUCGGCUCGUGGGCUUUUAAUGCUUUAAUGAGUGUAAUUCUUGCACAACAGUUUCGCGACUGUUUGCCAGCGCAAGCUGUGUGUUUUUUAUAUUACAAAGGAGCGGGUCGGUGCCAUAGCUCAAACCCUGACAACCAAAUAGAUAAUCAAGAAGACAAAUGGCUUCUUUUGGAAGGCGCAGCCCUUGUAUUAAUUUUCAUUUUCUUUUCUCAGAGCAGGUAUUGAAAAUAUAGAGCCGGAGAAAAUAACAUUCCGUUUGCUGGCGUUGAACUUUACACAAAAGUAUGGCCUUAAAUUGGUCUUCUAGCAUUCCGUGGCACCAAGAAGAUUUUCUAUUACUUGCUUGUUGAUAUCAGAGAGGCCUUUUCGCCACACAGCCCGCUAAAGCCAUUUGUCUGUUUUCUCCCUUUUAUUUAUGAAAUGCUGUCUGGACAUAACGUCAAACACUUUAAAAAGCAAAAAAUGUGAGGCAGUAAAAUCACAUGAGCACCAUAGUUGAAAGUUGAAAUAGUUAAAUCUACACAGUUGUGAACAUAUUUAUUUUUUGAUAAUAUAGUUGAUAAUAUUUAGUUUUUAUUAUCUAGGCUAAUACUGAUUGCAGUGACAUAAAUAUUGAAGAGUUUUUAACAGAUUAAUAAUACUAAUAAUACUAUAUAUAUAUAUAUAUAUAUAUAUAUAUAUAUAUAUAUACAUACAGGAUUAUAUAUACUUAUAUAUAUUCAGUACCUCUACAUACACAAAUUUUGUGGUUGAGACCCAAACAGAUCCAAAUCUUACAUCCAACUUAAAUGCAUUUUUAACAUGUCUCUCAAAAGGUAGGCUCCUCGAGAACUUAAAUAGAUGCAUUUGCGUGUGGCAUCUGUAUAGACCUUGGAAUCCUAUUGUUGUCACACAUAUUUUAUUUUCUUAAAAAAAAAAAAAAAAGAAAGAAAAAGCCACACUGAUUUGAAUAGGAGUGAACAGAUUUCUUUUGAGGGCCUCAAAAGUUCACCACCAUUAUGUGCAGACAGAACCCUAAAGAAAAAUGUGAGAAUUAUACAGAAAAAUCAUUAAUCACCGCUUCUCUUUAAACAAGUCUUCUCUCCUAUUGUCAUUCGGCAGCACAACUGC